AUGGCUAACCAUGAAGAGGCAAAGUCUCACCCUAAGCUCAAUGAACGAAUACUUUCUUCGAUGUCGAGGAGAACUGUUGUUGCUCACCCUUGGCAUGAUGUAGAGAUAGGACCGGGCGCUCCAGCAGUUUUCAAUUGUGUGAUUGAAAUUGGAAAAGGCGGUAAGGUUAAGUAUGAGCUGGACAAGAAAAGUGGACUUAUAAAGGUUGAUCGUGUUCUUUACUCAUCAGUUGUCUACCCACACAACUACGGUUUCAUCCCACGAACCCUUUGUGAAGAUAGUGAUCCUAUGGAUGUUCUGGUUCUGAUGCAGGAACCUGUGCUACCUGGUACCUUCCUCCGUGCUCGUGCUAUUGGACUAAUGCCCAUGAUUGACCAGGAUCUUCCUGGGAGCAAUGUUUUGUACGGGUAUCGAAUAGAUGGAUCUCAAGAUUGGGGUCGUAGAUAUUUUGGGGAUAUUAGCAAGAAGUUGUCUAAGUUUCUGGGCACAUAUGAGUUUGACAGCUUGCCUUUUGACUGGGGAGAGAAUUAUAAGCUUCCAAAUAUUGCCGAGAAAGAUCUUGUUAUAUAUGAGAUGAAUGUCCGUGCAUUUACAAUGGAUGAAUCUAGUGGAUUGGAUAACAAAAUUCGUGGAAGCUAUCUUGGUGUGAUUGAGAAGAUCCCACAUCUUCUAGAGCUUGAUAUCAAUGCAGUGGAGUUGCUGCCUAUCUUUGAGUUUGAUGAGUUGGAAUUUCAAAGGCGUCUGAAUCCUAGAGAUCACAUGGUAAAUUAG